UGUUUUCCUAGUUCUUAAAUUUGACACCUGCCCCCUCCCUACCCAGUUCGCUUGAGCUUAGCCUGGCCCUUUUACGUGCCUUUCUACAGUCGGUUUUUAAAUCGUGACCUGCUUUUCUAGCUGCUGAAUCACUUGUGAAAUGGCAGUGCAUUCAGGGAAGUGCCUUCACCUGUUGACCCAGGCAGCGCUGGAGAACUUCGAUGUCUUUUGAUACCUUCCAGGAGUUGUUCUGCCUGAAACUUGACAUACACUGAUUUACUCUUUCACCUUUAUGCUCUUUGAUCUCAGACUUUGCUUCAACUUUGUGAUGUCUUCCCCUGAAAUUGCUUCCCUUUCUUGGGGUCAGAUGAAGGUGAAAGGCUGCUCUACAACAUAUAAGGACUGCAAAGUAUGGCCAGGAGGAAGCCGAACCUGGGAUUGGCGAGAAACUGGGACUAAUCAUUCUCCCGGAGUGCAACCAGCUGACCUUGAAGAAGUUGUCAAGAAGGGUGUUAAAGCUGUGGUGAUUGGUCGUGGCAUGAGCGAGGCUUUGCAGGUUCCGCCAUCUACUGUGGACUAUCUGAAGAAAAAUGGGAUUGAUGUGUUGGUCUUGCAAACAGAGAAGGCUGUGGCAGAGUACAAUGCCCUGGCUGCUCGGGGUGUCAGAGUGGGGGGAGUCUUCCAUUCCACCUGCUGAAGGCUUACAGCUCAUUCUGCCUUCCUUGACCGCAGCCAAACCGCGGACAUAACCUCUCCACCGAAUCAAAUUACAGUCAACAGAGUGUGGACUUAUGUGCCAAGGCAUUUGUGCACUGACAAUCUAAAAUGCAAGGACGGUUUAUUAAUUCAGGAUUUAAACAAACUGAAUGCUCACAAAAAGGGAGCUGUUAAUGAAACUGUUUCAUUACAGGAUCAUUUCCAUAUGUUCUUGAGAGUGACCUAAUCUUCCUCUGAAGACUGCCCAUAUUCUGGUUGGUUAAUUUAGCCAACAGGUGAAAAGUUAAGAUACUAGGUUUUGAAUACUUUGAUUAGGAAAGGGCUGGAAAUUCAUAGAAUCCCAGACUGGUUUGGGUUGGAAGGGACCUCACAGCCCAUCUAGUUCCAACCCCCUGCCAUUGCCAGGGACACCCUCCACUAGCCCAGGCUGCCCAAAGCCCCAUCCAGCCUGGCCUUCAACACUGCCAGGGAGCCAGGGGCAGCCACAGCUUCUCGGGGCAACCUGUGCCAGGGCCUCAGCACCCUCACAGGGAAGAAUUUCUGCCUCACAUCUCAUCUCCAUCUCCCCUCCUGCAGUUUCAGGCCGUUCCCCCUUGGCCUGUCCCUCCCUGCCCUUGUCACCAGCCCCUCUCCAGCUUUCCUGGAGCCCCUUUGGGGACUGGAAGGGGCUCUAAGGUCUCCCCGGAGCCUUCUCUUCUCCAGGCUGAACGAGCCCAACUCUCUCAGCCUGUCUCCAUAGCAGAGGUGCUCCAGCCCUUGGAUCAUCUCUGUGGCCUCCUCUGGACUCGCUCCAACAGCUCCAUGUCCUUAUGUUAUUGGCUAUUGAAAUGCAACCAUAAAAUCUCUGAUGAGUACAAAGUAGAUACAAAGUGGUGGGAAAGCAGCCACCACUGUAGAAAUAAGUUAAAAAUAAAUUAAAAAGCAAACCCAGAACAUACAACUUUGCCUCCCGCUGGCAACUUCAGUCAGGAUAUUGGCUAUGCAGAUCUGUUUGUGAUGAUUCACAUAAUUCAGCACUUUUACAUCGAACCUUGAAAACAGAAAAAAAAAUAAUUUACAGGGAAUAAACAUAAAAUCUGGGCCUUAAAUAAUUUUCCUAUUAAUUGUGAGUAUUGACUUGUGCAAUACAUAUCUAUUCAAAAGUCCCUAUGUGCUUAAACUCAUCAGACAGCUUUGUCACAAAACCAGAGUUUGCAACAUAAAAUGUCGAUCUUUAGGAAAUCGGUCUAAAUUGCUGCUAGCAAGCUGGGGAUGGAUGUGAGAAUUCUCACUGGUCACCAUUAUCUGAUUUACACAUUGUGCCGCAAGCAUAUUAUUGCACUGAAAAUUUUUGUUCUCCUAGUUGCUGUUCUUGGUGAGCUUCUAUUAAUAUUACCAGUUUUACCUGCUGUAGAUUUUUUUUUUUUUUCCCCCCACCAGACUCACUAAUUCUGGAUCUGUGUGUAUUAAUGAAAGUACAAAGAUGACACUAUAAAAGCCCUGAGGCACUCGGAGCUAGCCAAGUAGUAGCACAGAGGCUUAGAUUGGUAUGAGGACGCCCUUGCUUUCCCAAGACCUAAGAAUAACCUUUCAGAAAAUACAAUGCUCUUUUUUUUUUCCUGUUUAUUUGCUCUAGUAAUCAUUUAAAAACCUUUUAUCUGCUAAAAUACAACAUGUAAUAGCAAAGGAAAAGCAAGUACUUGAAAGUUUUAUCUUGCAAUCUCCUAAUUACAGCAAUAUUUUCUCUUAGCAUAGCUACAUUUGAGGCGACAUCUUAUCUAAACCAGCAAGAACCACCCUUCCAGCUGCAUCUGUGUUCUCCGACACAGCAACUGGUAUAAUGCUCGUCAGAGCUGCUGUGACGUUGUUCUGAAUAACUUGCGUGGUACAAAGUAGAAGCUGAACCACUGACCCAGAAGACUGUCGUCAGCCCAAGGGAAUGCUGGUAGAACCAGUUCCUACCCAUCCGCAGUGGGAAGACUUCUGCGUUAAAUGUUAUCUCAUAGCAGAGGUGGUUUAACGCUUUUGAUCGUAGUCGUGUAUUUGUGUUAUUUCAUGAGCUUUUGGGCCUUAAGGCAGCCUGAAAUAGGAAGAGGCUUUGUAAGGCUUUUACUGAGAAGACAAUUCCAGCUUUGUAAGUACUGCAGCACACACGUUACACUGUUAGGAGAAGUUGAGGAAACGCCUAAUCUUUCACCUCCAGUUUUUUUAAUUGUUUUAUAUUUUCAUACUAAUGUGGCACAUGAAUGAUGAAGCCACAUUCAGCAAAACCGCUCAGCCCAGUUCCUCCAUUUGAGAAAAAUACUGUGAGCUCCUCACACCAAUACUACACGUUUUGUGCUUCCAAAAAGGAUGAGAGGAGCACAGGUGACUUGUAGAGGUGCACCCUACCCGGCUUUGUGUUGCAGCCUCUUAAUUGUUGUUUUCAUUUGGCAACCAGUAGGAUAGAGAAGAUUCCACUUCUAAAAUGGGGAGCUGCGGCAUGUAAAGAAACAGAUUUCCCUUUUUAAAGGUAAACUGCUAAGUUUUGCUACCAUCAGUACAAAAUUUGCACAUCAACAAGGAGGUAAUAUCUGCUGCAAGUCUUUUCCAUCUCUAUCCCUGCUCUCGCCACAGCUUCUCGAGUCGGCUUUGUCAGUUCCCACAAAAGCGUCUGCUCCACUUGGGCUGCUCCAGUCACCGAAAACCCAGUUUCCUCCUUGGUGCCCGAAAUUGCUUUGCUACAUGGUGGAAACAGCUGGGACCGAUUUGUCAAAAAAAUUCAACCAGAGCUCAGAGUGAUAUCUUUAUUGAAUCGCUGCUUUCAGCUAGAGCCAUAAAUAAUUUGUUAAAAUUACAGGCUCAUCACCCAAAUCAUGGGAAUGCCCUUUUAUAGGGCAGGAUUUCUCACAUCAUACACCAUUUCUCUGCCUCCCACCCGGAAAACGAUCCCCCGGUAGGCACUGCACUCCCACCCGACACUCAUUAAAGCAGAGCCGUGGCUGGGCUGGGUGCCAGAAGAUUCCACCCCAGCUGCUCCACCGCCCAGCGGGUCCAUCCCCAGCCCUUAUCUUUGUGAAGCAGCAGUGAAGAGCUGGCAGCCCCAAGAAACAGGCCAUAAAAAGGCUGACAAACACACCAAAUGCAACAUGACCGGCAUUUUUAAGAGACGUCAGGCAGCAUUUGUGCAAAGCCUAGCAUCUCUAAGCCUUCAGACUUUAUUUUGAAGUCUCAGUACUACUGCAUUAGUGAAUUGCAAACUAACAGGACAGCCUGCUCAUGCACUCCUAGUGUCUGCUGCUGAGAACACAGCGGAAGAUGCACGUGAAAUAAGAUGAAAAAUCGUGACUCUGUCUCUGAGUUGGUCAAAAGAUUUGAGGACUCUGAGAAGCAAGACAAGAAUCCAGAGGAAACCCAUCUCCAUGAGCUGGAACCCAAAAUGAUGUCAUAUGGUCCUGAUUUAAAUGCAUGUCCUGUUCUUUCAUCUUCCCAAGAACUUGCUUUGUACUUUUUACAGUGCCUGUACCCACCCACUUAGUUUUUCUGUACUUUUAAAAAUAAGAUACAUGAAAGCCACACCAGGUGCGAGGUAGUAUCUCAUAAUCUUCAACUUUGUUCCAAAUACAUUUCUGCAUUGUUUCAAGACCUCUGGACUUGAUAAUUGCAUUACUUGCAAAGUUCUAAGAAUUGGACUUUGGCAAUCUGAUUAUGAAUUUCCCUUAAAAAGCAUGCAGAGCUAGGCUUCCCACACACACAGAUGCAAUGUAUAAUUAAAUCUGAAAAGUUAACAGUAAAUAGGACAAGACAUUUUCAAACCACUAAGCUACCCCCCUUUCAUGCGAAUUCAGCCUUUCCUCUCUCUGCCAGAUUCUUGACCCUCUUCCCUUAUGUCUAAAGUUUGAACAUUGUUAGUUUUUAGCAAAUUAUUUGCCCUUGCUUCUCGAUUGCUCAGCCUCCCUGUGGCUGCAGCUCUGUGCUGGCACCACGCUCCUACACUUGCAAACAUCCAAGAGAACAGAAUCUCCCCGUACCUGGGUGACUGUGAUCUGAAGGGCUCUGUGCCCUCUUCAACAGAGAUGAAAGACGCAAAUUAUCUUGGUGCAUGAGUACAGCCCUUUGUUUUCCUCUUCAUUCUGAGAUCAAUCAUCUUUUAGGAUAUUGCAGUGCAAAAGUCCAACGCUUACCCAGACCUAAAGGACAACCGGUGAACAGGUAGAGAUGCUUCUGAGAUGACACAAAGUCCUGGAGCUCCGGAGAGCAUGAACUCCAGUGUGUUUGAGAGCAGAAAAGCCUAAAUGUCUCAAACCUUGGGGUGGGAGGAAAAAGUCAACAUCUACAUUUAAACAACUACAAUAAACCUCAGAAUACUUA